AUGCUCUCGGGGAGCACUCCUGCCUCCCUGCCCAGCCCCGGGUACCGGCGCAUCCCGGGAGGAUGGAUGCUCUCGGGGAGCACUCCUGCCUCCCUGCCCAGCCCCGGGUACCGGCGCAUCCCGGGAGGAUGGAUGCUCUCGGGGAGCACUCCUGCCUCCCUGCCCAGCCCCGGGUACCGGCGCAUCCCGGGAGGAUGGAUGCUCUCGGGGAGCACUCCUGCCUCCCUGCCCAGCCCCGGGUACCGGCGCAUCCCGGGAGGAUGGAUGCUCUCGGGGAGCACUCCUGCCUCCCUGCCCAGCCCCGGGUACCGGCGCAUCCCGGGAGGAUGGAUGCUCUCGGGGAGCACUCCUGCCUCCCUGCCCAGCCCCGGGUACCGGCGCAUCCCGGGAGGAUGGAUGCUCUCGGGGAGCACUCCUGCCUCCCUGCCCAGCCCCGGGUACCGGCGCAUCCCGGGAGGAUGGAUGCUCUCGGGGAGCACUCCUGCCUCCCUGCCCAGCCCCGGGUACCGGCGCAUCCCGGGAGGAUGGAUGCUCUCGGGGAGCACUCCUGCCUCCCUGCCCAGCCCCGGGUACCGGCGCAUCCCGGGAGGAUGGAUGCUCUCGGGGAGCACUCCUGCCUCCCUGCCCAGCCCCGGGUACCGGCGCAUCCCGGGAGGAUGGAUGCUCUCGGGGAGCACUCCUGCCUCCCUGCCCAGCCCCGGGUACCGGCGCAUCCCGGGAGGAUGGAUGCUCUCGGGGAGCACUCCUGCCUCCCUGCCCAGCCCCGGGUACCGGCGCAUCCCGGGAGGAUGGAUGCUCUCGGGGAGCACUCCUGCCUCCCUGCCCAGCCCCGGGUACCGGCGCAUCCCGGGAGGAUGGAUGCUCUCGGGGAGCACUCCUGCCUCCCUGCCCAGCCCCGGGUACCGGCGCAUCCCGGGAGGAUGGAUGCUCUCGGGGAGCACUCCUGCCUCCCUGCCCAGCCCCGGGUACCGGCGCAUCCCGGGAGGAUGGAUGCUCUCGGGGAGCACUCCUGCCUCCCUGCCCAGCCCCGGGUACCGGCGCAUCCCGGGAGGAUGGAUGCUCUCGGGGAGCACUCCUGCCUCCCUGCCCAGCCCCGGGUACCGGCGCAUCCCGGGAGGAUGGAUGCUCUCGGGGAGCACUCCUGCCUCCCUGCCCAGCCCCCGGGAGCCCGGAGGGACUGUCCCGCGUGUCCCGGAGAUGCUGGCCGGGGCUGCCGUGGCCAUCUGCUGCCACCUCCCGUCCGGAGCGCGAUGUCUGGGGGAGCACACGGGAAACCACCUCCAGCCUUCAGGCAUGGCAUUGCCAUCUCCUUGA